AUGGCUGGCUCAAGAGCCGAGAUUCCGUUUCUUCCUGGAAACUCGUUUCAAGAUGUAACAAAAAAUGAUUUUCGCAAACCCCACUCUCUUGGAUAUAUUAAUGGGUAUCCAAUACAACCAAAACCCACUCUAAAAAUCGGACUUGAGCCAAUUCAUGUAGAAAAAACUCUAACGCCAGAUGAGCUUAUCGCGUCGCUUACUCUUGACCCAAAACUUGUCUAUGGUGAUAAACAAUUCCAUUCUAAAGAAACGCAGUCCUGUUUUGUUCCUGCGCAUGUUGCAUUUGACAAAGUGGUGUUGCGUUUUGAUGGAUAUUUCAAAGAGACAGUCCACGAAUCUACUGAGCAGUUCCAUUUACGUAAAGUUCGGAUUCUUUAUUUUCUUGAAGACGAUUCGAUUGCAGUAGUGGAACCUCCUGUCAAAAACAAUGGCAUCCCACACGGCGUACUGAUCAAGCGUCAGCGUCUUCCAAAAUCUUCUUCAGAGUUUUACACUGUACAGGAUUUCAAUGUUGGUAUCAAUAUUACCUUUUACGGAAAAACAUUUCGUAUUGUUUCAUGUGAUAAAUUUACAGAGACAUACCUUCAAUUAACUGAAGGCAUAUCUUUAAACCAAGCUGAAGUCAUGCCAGAAGAUCCGUAUCAAAACACUCGUUCUCGUCCUAUCCGUGUAAACAAUAUUUGUACCGAACGCAAAGAUAAACUGAAAAGUUUUCUUGAAAAUGAUCGAAAGGUUCUCCGCUACUAUUGUGUUUGGGAUGAUCGCGAGUCUAUGUUUGGAGAAUUGCGUGAGUUUGUGAUGCACUAUCACUUGGUGGAUGAUAGUGUCGAAGUUCGUGAGGUGCAAAAACCAAACAAUGGUCGCGAUCCCUUUCCAAUUCUAUUGCGACGCCAGCAGCUUCCCAAGUCUUUCAAGGAACUUUCGGAUUUGCAAGAAUCUCAAAAGUACACUUGGAGAGAUUUUCAAGUCAACAGUGUGAUCAAUGUUUUGGGCAGACCGUUUUUAAUCCAAGAUUGUGACGACUAUACUAAGCGAUUCUAUUUGGAAAAUACCGGAAAGUCCAUCAGCCAGACAAAAGUGGUAUUUGUAAAUCAAGAACAGCCUCUCCCACGAGAAUCAGAAAUUCCUCCAUACAAUGGAUUUGGAACGGUUGAAGAUUCGCUUGGAUCGUGCAAAUAUCUUGUUUUAAAACCUCCCAAAAAAGAUUUUAUUAAGAUGCUUGAGAAUGAGCACAAAGUACUGCGGUUUGUUGCCCGUAUGGAAUCUAAACACAGAGAGGACAAAGAUCGUCGCUUUGUGAUCAGCUACCGACUGGCAGACGACAUGAUGACAAUUUACGAACCGCCUCAAAGAAAUGCUGGAAUUCUUGGCGGGAAGUUUAUGGAGCGAACGCGAGUGUUGCGUCCAGGAUCGUCACUUUCGGAUGUGGCAGGACCGUCAUACUAUGAUGUGAAUGAUCUAUUUGUUGGCUGCACUCUUCAUGUACUCAGCCAUUGUUUUGUGCUUCUUGACGCGGACGAGUAUGUGUUUAACUUUAUGGAGGAGAAUCGGGAAAAGUUCAAACAGAGUGAUCCCAAGCAUACUAUGGAUAAAGUGCUUCAAGUUUUGAGUAAUCUCAGCAGUGAUACAAAGAGUAAACUUCAGAAUGAGUUUCAGAAUGCAGAUGCAGAAAGAAAGGGAUUUAUAGAUCGUCAAGUGUUUGUGAAUAUUGUACGACCUGUUUUAAAAGACGCCAUGACAGACCAUGUGAGUAUUGACAAUAUAUUAUAUAGAAAUCGUAACAGUGUCGCGUCAGCUGGAACAGAGUGCCAGGAAAGUAACGCUGUCAAAGAUUAUGCAGAUUCUAUAAAACGAUUCCAACAGAUGUCAAGAUUAGACUAUAUGCGAUUGAGAUUGUAGUAAAUCAAGCUUCAAUUGAUAUAAGCAAUAGAUAAAUAAACAUGAUAUCCAUUGAUAUGUAUUAAGAGUUUGAUCAAGGCUAAAUGUCAUGAAUUCAGCUUGUUUCUUGGCCAUCCGACUUUACUGCGAUUAACCAUGCAAGCUGCCAAUCAACUCAUCCAUGACAUUACAUUCAACUCAUUAUCAAAUCCAGUCUCCAAUUCUGGAUCUGACAGCGAGUUAUGGCAGACUUCUUUGCGUCUGGUCCGGAGAAAGAUCAAAGACAUCAAGGCAAGUCAUUAUCUGCCAUUUGCAGUGACUCGAUGCUGACGUUUCUAUAACGCUGUAGCUGGAAAUCGAAGGUCUGGUAGAGUCCAAUGCAGAUGAAUAUCGUCAGUCCAU